GCGCUUGGAGUGAAGGGUCUGUUGAGCUGCAGAGCAUCAUGAUGAAACAGGCAGGUAGAGAAGCAGCAGCAGUAGUAGAGGCGGUAGCGGCAGCAGCAGUAGCGGUAGCGCGGCACAUAAAGAGGAGACAAGGAAAACUAGCUAGGAACCGAGGGGCUGCGUCAAAUUGGGAAGCGCCCCCUCACGUCCCCUCUCUCCCAUCCCUCCUCUUGGGCGGGGGCGCGCGGCCCUCUCUCCGCCCGGCCCGCUCAGUGCCUCCGCGGCUUCUGUGCCAGCAGCAGCACCACCACCACCACCCGAGCGGCAGCAUCCCCGCCACUACUGGGAGAGCCGCGGGUCAUCAGCAGAUCACCCUCAGGUGUUCUCCCUCUCGCGGCCACGGCCAGGUCCUCCACCACUGCCUCUUGCCAGACACAUGUGGACGGGAGUCGCGAGUUAUGCCCUGCGUCCUGUAGUUGCUGACGUGACUCUCACAGACAGACUAGUGCUAGAGUGCUGGCACGCCCCCUAGGCCGCUCCUCCGGCGUGUGGUGCUCCUGGCAGGUCCGCCUCGUCCCUUGGGUGCUGGCACUGUCUGGCUCACACCUCUGCCAGCAAUUGUAAUUGACCCAUCAUUCCUGCCUUAAUAACGCCACCAAUAGUGUUCAACGACCCGCCGAUACCGGAGGGAGGCCUCGGAGGGACCGCGCCGCCGCCAAUCAAAAGUGCCUCAAAGCCGCCGCUGCCGAGAGCAGCUGAGUCGCAAGACUCCAGAGAUACGAGGUGCUGACGCCCGCUGGCUUUCAGAUCCCAGGUGCUCGGCCGCUCUCUCUCUCUUCUAGUGCUGGGCCACCGCCACGGAGAAGCGCUGAGGCUGAAAGAGCGACACUGUGGCCAAACAAAAUAUCGUUGUUAGUGGAAAAACAGAACGUUACACCAUAACCUGCAGAUCAAAGGAGGUGCCGAGGUCGCCGGAGGAGUGACUGUAAGAAACUUGCUAUUCACUUAUUAGUGAAAGAAUAAUGAAAAUGCUGUGAGAGGAUUUGUAAGCGCAAUUGGUGAUCCCCAAGCGACGGGUGUCGAGACGUGCUCUGAAUGUGUGUUGUAAUAAGAGCAGCAGCCAUGAGCAGGCAGCUAACCCUCGUCUAACACAAAACUCGAUAAAUAGCAAUAGUAGUGCUGCGCGUGAGGCGCUUCCUUCGAGAGGAAAACUUUUCUUAAGCUCCAGGUCUCUGGUGGAUGAGGACUGCGGCCGCUGGUGAAACUGGGUCACUGGAGGACGUCGACAGGGCGCUCUGCUGCAUGUUUACGCGAGCCUUCCAUGUGCGGCCCCAGAACACCUAGCCGGCGAGCCUGUGUCCUGACGUGAGUCUGAGCGAGCCUGUUGUAGCAUCUUUUGCAUUUUAUAUGCAACUGUAUCAUUGUUAACUGUGAGUGAUUUGAGGGACCCGUGUGUGUGUGUGUGUGUAUGUGUGGGCAGAGCACCAGGUGGGUGUGAGGUCAGGUGGAGGGGGCGUGUCCCUAGUGCGACGGCGGCUUGUGAUUGGAUGAGGGCGGGGCCUGGUGGCGCGGCUGGCCAGUGGCUGCUAGCUAGUGUAGCGGGAGGCUGGGAGUCGCGCGCCCGUGGUACCGCAGUGAGAUCAAUGGGGAAGAGUCUCACACGAUAACUAGGCCCAUCACACCCCAGGCCUCCGCGCCCCACGCCCACCGGCCCCCCGCCGCCACAAACAAACCUCCAGUGGGCAUCACGACGUCGAUGGUGCCAGACUAGUGACGGCGGCUCCUGCACCACUGCCCUUCUCCCACUCCCUCUACCUUACGUCAACGACAGCCUCAGCCUUAAUUAAACCGGAGAAUCCUUGAGCCUUAUUGUAAGUGUGUGUGACCCUGACGGCGCCGAGCCUUGCGACAAUAAGAUGGUCUGAUCCCCUUCGGCCGAAGACCGCGCGUGGUGUCGUGUGCUCCUGAGUGCCCUGAGUGUUGUGCCGCCUCCCGCCUCCCACCCUCGCCUUCGUCACGUCCUCGCGGCCACAGUCUUCGGUGGUGUCAGUGCAGGUCCUUCCCUCUACCGCAGGAGUCUCACUCGCAGCUCAGCACCGGGAAAGGGUGCAGCUAAGGCAGUGCUUCUCGUCUCGACUGAGGGCGGUCGGUGGCGUGCUUGCGCGGCGGUGUUGUGAGUGCGAGCAGUGUAUGUCAUGCUGAGCGGUCAUGGCUUUCUGAUGAUCCUCCUCCUCCCACCCUGCCAUCGGUCUCCUCAAAAUCAAAACACUUCCUAAAAUAAUUUUGCACAAUUGGAAUAAUUUUUUUCUAAAAAUUCACUGACCCCUUAAACCCCAGAUCCUUUAGUUAGUAAAUGGCUUCCCCUCACCGCCAAGGAGAGAGUCUAGUCAGAUGUAGUCAGAGAUGAUGUGUUUUUUCUGGGACAAAAAGACUUUCUUCAGUUAACGUGGAAGCCAAGACAGCGCUGAGCAUUACGACACUCGGAAAAUAAUAAAUAGUAAAAUUGAAAGGAGAGCUCGAGAAAAAAAGCCUCUAAGUGAAUGAGAGUUAAUUUAGUCAGUGCGGCGACGAGAAGAAGAAGACCGGCAAGAUGUUGGAUAUCUUCCGUGGCCUCAAGAACUUCAUCAAGGUCUCCCACGUGCACAUCGACUCCUCGGUGUUCCGCCUCCACUACUCCAUCACGGUGAUGAUCCUGCUCGCGUUCAGCCUGAUCGUCACCACGCGUCAGUACGUCGGGAACCCCAUAGACUGCAUUCACGCCAAGGAGAUCCCGGAGGACGUGAUCAACACCUACUGCUGGAUACACUCCACCUACACCAUCCCCUCGGCCUUCAGCAAGCGGCUCGGGGUAGACGUGGCGCACCCGGGGAUAGAAAAGUCGACUGAUGACGAGGAGAAGCGAUAUGUCAAGUACUACCAGUGGGUGUGCUUCUGCCUCUUCUUCCAGGUAUGAUCGUCAGGCCCAGGAGAUGUGAGUACUGGCGGAGCGGGGCCACCAGAGGAAGUAGAGGGCAGGGAAAAAGAUGAAUGUUAAAGAAGGGAAGUCGUAUAGAUAGGAGGGUACUUAAAAAAGAUAACACUAAUAAGAACAAAAGGAUUAGAUCUAGUCAUGCAAAGUAAUUAAAAGGACAAAGGUAUGUAAAUGGUGUUGACAGAUAAAAAAUAUAAAGGAAUAUCAGAUGAUUAAAGGUCAGAAGGGAAGAGCAAUAACGGUAGGAGGAGGAGUAAGGCUGAAAGGAGGUACUGAGAAAAGGAGGGGCAGGAUGAGAAGUAAAGAAAGUUGAUGGAAUGGAUGGAGGAAAGAGCAGGAAUAGCGGGAGAUUGAAGGUACGAGGCAGAAAGAAGCAGGAGGAAGAAUUGGGGUGGGGGGAUGGUACUAAGAAAAGGAGACACAGGAUAAGAGGUAAUAAGGGUGGGGAGAGGCAGGGCGAGAGAGGGAAAGGGGAGUGUGGGGCUUGGGGAUAGAGAAGAGAUAAGAAGGCAAGGAAAGAGACUAGCAGUGCAGUGUGUCACAGGGAAAGAGGCGUAGGACUGUCAGGGUGGGGGGGAAGGUGAGGGAGGAAGGUAUGAAGGGAAGGGAAGGGAAGAGUGCGGAGUUAGCGAAUGGUAAGGCAGCUAGACUGGAAGGUGUAUAUGGAGCGAAGGGAAAGAAAAGAAGGUGUCAAUGGUAAAAGUAGUGAUCUAUAUAUGUGUGGAUGUUAUGUAUGGUGUGAAUAGAUGUAUAUAUGCAAGGAAAUAUAGCAGAAAAGGAGAGGAUUAGGAACAAAAAUGGAGAAAAAGAAAUAUUGAGUAACAAUUUUUCGCGUUUCGGAAAUCAUGUCACUGAGAUGCUUUUAUUUUGUUGUGACAUUAUAAAGUUACUGUUAUGUGUUCGAAUGUGUAUAAAAAUUAAAAGAGAGAGAGAGAGAGAGAGAGAGAGAGAGAGAGAGAGAGAGAGAGAGAGAGAGAGAGACACACACCACACCGCCAUCGAGAUUCACAUAUACAAGAGCGAAAAAUCUUCCCAAACCGCUGCUAGAACCACAAAAUCCAAACAUUAGAGCAGUUGUGACCCAGAAUACCGACACCACCGACAGGACCGGUUCACCCCACGUGACCCCCGCUGAGGUAAACACACGCCGCGACGCCCCCCAUGACGAUUGCGACACACAGACACACACACGCGACAUACACUGCGGCACUCGGACAAACACACUGACGUGGAUAAAUAAAGGGAAGGGGGAAGGUAUCCAAACACAAACAAACACACGUAGAUAUGGGUAGAUGAUGUAAGGA